AAAGGUCAAUAAGCCAAUACAAACCGUGAAAGACGAGUACAGAACAAACAUAAAGGGAACGGUGUACUGGCCAAGGUAUCGGGACUAAGUCUGAAGGGUGCAAUCACAUGAUACUUCUCUUAAUCUUGUUAUCUAAGGGAAAGUUGUAGCAAAGCGAGGUUUAGUCGGAAGUAGGGAGCAAAAAAAAUGAGACGCUAAAAAGAGAUGGCCAAAGGAGGAUUAGUGUGAUUAGGAAAACAACCAACAAGAAUGUCAAUUAAUCGCCAAAAGACAGCUUUAGUGACCGGAGCAUCUUCAGGAAUAGGAUAUGCCACUGCCAUUGAAUUAUCCAAGCGUGGGUACCAAGUUUACGCUGGUGCUCGUCGAUUAGAGCCAAUGGAGCUGUUGAAAAAAUACGGAAUAAUGCCAAUUCAACUUGAUGUAUCAUCAAUUAAGAGUGUUAUUGAAGCCAGGGAUAAGAUUAAUGAGGAAACAGGAGGAUAUUUGGAUGUUUUAUAUAAUAAUGCUGGUCAAUCAUGCACUUUCCCAUCAUUGGAUGUGACUGAUGAAGUAUUUAAGCAAUGUUAUGAAGUGAAUGUUUUUGGACCAAUGAGAAUGGUCAGAGAAUUUAGAAAAUUGAUAAUUAAUGCUAAGGGAGUGAUUGGAUUUACUGGUAGCUUAAGUGCAUUGUUACCAUUUCCAUUUUCUAGUGUUUAUUCAUCUACCAAAGCUGCCAUUCAUCAAUAUGCUUCUACUUUGGCACUCGAAAUGAAACCUUUUGGGGUAAGAGUGGUUAAUAUAGUUACUGGUGGGGUUAGCACCAAUAUCGCUGAUACUAGACCAUUACCAGAAGGUUCUAUUUAUAGCGUGGAAGGAAUGAAGGAAGCAAUGAAGGAAAGACAACAGAUGGCAGUCCGUAAUAAACCAAUGGAUGCCGACAAGUACGCCAAACAAGUUGUUGAUGAUUUUGAGAGAAUUGGUUGGUUUACAUUAUUUUCAAAUGUGUAUAGGGGAAGUCAAACGGUAUUAGUUAGAUUUGUGUCGAUAUUACCAAGAGGUUUGCUUGAAUGGGGGUUAAUACGUAAAUUUUUAUUAACCAAUGUCUUCCAAACCAUCAGAGAGAAAUAUUCCAAAACCAAAAUUGAGUAAGUAUUAUUUUUGUAUAUUCAAAUAAAAUAUGAUAUAAAGGCA